AUUUAACUUGACACUCAAGCUGUUGUCUAACAACAAUGCGAAGGGGGAGUAGAGAUUUAAAACGUGUUAACAUAUUUUACUAAGAUUCUUCAAGGUUGUAUGUACCCGCCAUCACAACUGGAUGCAGAGAUCUCUUAUUUUUUUAGCUCCCAGGAUUGUCUGCGCAGGACUACAAACUCUUAGAACACUUGUCGGGUGUCAGCAACUCUUCAAAGUGUGUAGAUCCUCUCCUGUCUCUUUAUGUUUUGAACAUCAACCUUCACCCAUUUAUGUGUUUAAUUUUCCCAGGGAAAUCUGUAAUUUUUCCUCAGUAUCCCAUAAACACAGCUUCCUCCAAAAGUGUUCUCCCUGGCUUUCCCUGCAUCAGUAUUUCUCCAACGAGCCAGAUAUGGCAGAACAGAGGUUCAUUGUGGAAUACGCCAAACGUGGUACUGCAGGUUGUAAGAAAUGCAAGGACAAAAUCCAGAAGGGCAUAGUGCGUAUAGGGAAGAUUGUGCCAAACCCUUUCAGUGAGUCUGCAGGAGAGAUGAAAGAGUGGUAUCACAUGAAGUGUAUUUUUGAGAAGCUGGAAAGGGCGAGAGCCACCACGAAGAAGAUUGAGGACAUCACAGACCUGGAGGGCUGGGAGGAGCUGCAGGAUGAAGACAAGGACCUCAUUAAUAAACACGUUUCAGACCUGAUGGCCAAGGUCAAUGCAAGUCCGAAGAAGAAGGUGCAGGCCAAGAUGAACACCACUGGCCAGCUGAUGGCUCCUCCCGCUGACCCGUCCGUCAACGCUCCACGCAAGUUUUCAGGCUUCACUGCUGCGAAGGCCGGCACCUCCAGCAGCUCAGGACCAUCAACCCCUUCCCCUGCCAAAGCCAGCCAAGGCAGCCCCCUGUCCACCCAGCUCUGUGACCCCCAGCACAAGGACUGCCUCUUCAGAGAGUUUCGCAAGCUUUGUGCCAUGGUGGCAGAAAACAACAGCUACAAUGUCAAGACACAAAUUAUUGAGAAGUAUCUCAAGAAAGGCUCAGGUGGAGAUAAGUUCCAUGGAGAUCUUUACCUGACAGUGAAACUGCUGUUGCCGGGCGUUGUAAAAAGUGUCUACAACCUCAAUGACAAGCAGAUCGUAAAACUCUUCAGUCGCAUAUUCAGAUGCGACCAGGAUGACAUGGUGCGCGAUCUGGAGCAGGGUGAUGUAUCUGAGACAGUGAGGAUGUUCUUCGAUGAGAGCAAAGCAUUUCCUCCAGCUGCCAAGAGCCUGCUGACCAUCCAGGAAGUGGACGCAUCCCUGACCCGCCUCGCCCAGCUGACCAAGGAGGAUGAGCAGCAGACCGAGCUGGAGGAUAUUGCCAAAAAAUGCACCAGUAAUGACCUGAAAUGCAUCAUUCGACUUAUUAAGCAUGACUUGAAGAUGAACUCCGGAGCAAAACACGUCUUGGAUGCUGUGGAUCCAAACGCUUAUGAUGCCUUCAAAGCCUCGCGUAAUCUGGGUGAUGUGAUUGAGCGAGUGUUGAGGAAUCAGCAGGAGGCGUCCAAUGGUUCAGGGCCCAGGAAGCUCCUCACUGUGGAGGCCUCUCUCAUGACCCCCGUUCAGCCCAUGUUGGCAGAAGCGUGUAAAUCCAUAGAGUACGCCAUGAAGAAAUGUCCCAACGGGAUGUACUCUGAGAUCAAGUACGAUGGAGAACGAGUGCAGGUCCAUAAGAACGGAGACAACUUCAGCUACUUCAGCCGCAGCCUCAAGCCGGUGUUACCGCACAAAGUGGCCCAUUUCAAAGACUACAUCCCUCAGGCUUUUCCCGGCGGCCACAGUAUGAUAUUGGAUGCUGAAGUCCUCCUAAUUGACACAAAGACCAGUAAACCCCUGCCUUUUGGGACCCUGGGUGUACACAAGAAAGCAGCGUUUCAAGAUGCCAAAGUGUGCCUUUUUGUUUUCGACUGUAUCUACUUCAAUGGCGUGAGUCUCAUGGAGAGGCCGCUGCGUGAACGCAGGAAGUUCCUACAUGACAACAUGGUGGAAGUUACCAACAGGAUCCUGUUCUCAGAGAUGAAGCAUGUCACUAGGGCGGGAGACCUGGCUGAUAUGAUAACUCGUGUCAUCAGAGAGGGACUUGAAGGCCUGGUGCUAAAAGACAUAAAGGGCACCUAUGAACCAGGAAAGCGCCACUGGCUGAAGGUGAAGAAGGACUAUUUGAACGAAGGCGCGAUGGCAGACACGGCUGAUCUGGUGGUGCUGGGGGCCUUCUAUGGAAAAGGCUCAAACGGGGGCAUCAUGUCCAGUUUCCUAAUGGGCUGUUACGACCCGGACUCAAAGAAAUGGUGCACAGUCACCAAGUGCUCUGGAGGCUACGAUGACGCCACCCUGGCCAGGCUCCAGAAGGAGCUGGAUGUGAUCAAAAUCAGCAAGGAACCAAGCAAAAUCCCAGGCUGGUUGAAAAUCAUCAAGAACUAUUAUCCAGAUUUCAUUAUCCGUGAUCCUGAGCAAGCACCUGUCUGGGAGAUCACAGGCGCCGAGUUCUCCAAAUCAGAAAUGCACACAGCCGAUGGCAUCUCUAUCCGCUUUCCCCGCAUGACACGCAUCCGUGAUGACAAGGACUGGAAGAGUGCCACCAACUUGCACCAGCUUAAAGAGCUGUAUCGCAUAUCAAAGGAGAACUGUGACUUUAAAGUGACAGCUGGACCGUCUACAUCCAACGAUGACAAGGGCUCAUCAGGAGGGGACAGCGGAGGAAACUCGCCGUCGCCCUCGUCCCAGCGAGGCGCCCCUCCCAAGAAAGCCAGCAACAGCACGCCGCCCAAACCAAAGGCGGUGAAAUCCCAGCCUCGCACUCCAGCCUCAGAAGCACCCGCUCCCAAGAAGGUGAAGAAGAGCGAAAGUGUUCACAGCAACGGACAACAAAACAAAACGAAGGCAACUUCUCAACUGCUGCAGCCAAGGAAUGACAAGACUCUGAUGGACAUCUUCAGCGGGGUGAAGCUCUUCAUGCCCAUCUCAGUGCAGGACUUUGACAAGCUGAGGCGGUACUUUGUGGCGUAUGACGGAGACCUCGUCCUGGACUAUGACACCGCCUCAGCCACACACACUCUGGCUGAACCUGGAGAAGACAGCCAGGCCCAGAGAGUCACACCCAGCUGGAUCUGGGAAUGUAUCCGCAAGAGGCGCGUCGUACCUCCCUGUUAAUUUAAAACAAACAAAAAAAAAAACAACAGUGUUUACCUCUACUACACAUCAGUGUGACUUAACUUUAUGCAUGUCAAACCGUAUGAACAGGGCUAAUCUUUAUGGGUUAGAUUACUUUGACACUAGACACUGUGUCCAUGGGUUCAUUUACACACUGCUCUCACUUUUAUUUUUUCCCUUUGUGUUUUGUACACUUGCAAACCAGCAGGGGCCACAUUCAGUACACAUUCACUUUUGGAGUUUCAAUUUUUUUUCUUUCUUUUUGCCAAUUUCAGGUAAUGGAAAAAUAGUGAAUCCUGGUGAUAGAUUUAGUUUUUUGUAAGAAUGACAUGAAAGAAUGAAAUGCAUUUUACAUAAAAAUCAUGUAACAUAAAUUACAAUACAGACAGUUGAACUAAAGGACUGGUGUGUAGGAUUUAGGGAGAUCUAUUGACAGAAAUAGAAUAAUAUUCAUAAUUACAUUGUCAUUAGUGUACAAUCACCUGGAAUUAUGAAUUGUCAUGUUUUCGUUAGCUUAGAAUGAGCCCGUUAUAGCUACACAGGGCGGGCCCUCUUACGCAGAGCCCUCCAUGUUUCUACAGAACGGACAAAACAAACACUGGCUCUAGAGAGAGGACAUUUUGUGUUUUUAUGUUACCUGAAGGCCACUGUAGAUUUUCUUGUAUGAUUGGAAAGGGAGGGAGGGAUGACGGGACGGGUAUGCAGCUGGUUGUGACCUGCAUGCAACUAAAUCCUACACACUGGUCCUUUUAAAAUAAUGUUUGUUUUUUUUGUGUUUUAUUUUUACUGCCAGAGUGAAACAUUUCUUGGGGUAUUAAACCCCAGCUCAUGAAGUGAAAACACCCAAAUGUGUCUGCCAUCAGGAAUAAACAAAAUGUUGAAGAUAAUAAACAUGUCAGAAGCACCAUUCUAAUGCUAUUUAUAUCCUCCAAUUUACUCUGUAGCCACUUACAGUAAAAGCAGCGGUGUUACAAAUAUGACUUAAAUGGAUUUCGGUUGCCUGCCCAAACUACGGACUUCCUGUGUGAGAUACAGGAAAAAUACAUUUAUCCUGUCUGAAAACAGAGCUAUUUCUUUGGAGAGUGCUGUUCACCUUCCCAAAUUCACCAAGAUCAUAUGAGAGGAAUUACUUGUUUUAAAAGGCUUCUCUCCUCCUAAACCAAAUACAUUUCACUCUGAUUCUAAAUCAUGAGACUCUUUGUACAAUACGAUGAGAUGCUGAAAGGUUUUUUACUGCAGCCUCCUGCAUCUAAUGGCUUUUCAAGGAUAAUUCAGAUUUGCCUUUUUAUCCCCGGGAUACUUUAGGCUAUGAGGUGGCUUAAUUAAAUGUUUGAAUGUAUUAAAGCUCUGAAGAAGCAAAAUCCACUUGAACCUGCUCUGCCUCCUCUGAAAGGCCUGAACUAUAAAGAGGAGUAAGGACUUGGCUCUUUAUUCCUCCCUCCUCUCUCAACAGGUAAAAAGAAAAUCUAGGGGCCAAAAUAUUAAUACUGCAGCAGAUGACUGACAGAGCAUCUCAAAGGGAUAUGCUGCCAAUUUUGCAGCAACAAUCAUUUUGAUCUGAAUAACUGCUAAACUUAAUUCCAGUUAUCAAAUAUUUGCAUAGCGCUUCAAAGACAAAUUUUCUUGCAAAUUUGGUCAAGAAACACUCAUUUACCUUUGGUCAGAGGAUUAUAGUCGGCUCUCAUCAGGAAUCAGUCUCAUCCAAUUUUCGCUUUCCUGAGGGUUCUACUUGCGAGCGACUCCACCACUGCAAGUCGAACUCUUCUUUGAUGUGACAAGGCUAAGAAGUAGAACAGACGACAGGGUUGAUUUAGACCUAGUUUAAAAAAACAAAACAAAACAAAAAAAAAAACAAAACAACUCGGCUGCAAUAUAAAACAUUCAUUUUGGCGAUGUUCACUCUUUGUUUGUUUCAUCUGAUGGACGACUUUUAUGAUUGCAAAAACAGAAAAUGUAUAAUAAAUGCAUUUGUGGACAGUUAUUUAUGCAAGGAGGAAAAAGUACAACAGUUUUCAACAAUAACAACAAUUUCCUCCUGGUAUUAAUAUUAGUCCAUUCAUUUGCUACACUGUAGUCAGAAGGCUGUUCUGCUGCCUCAGUUAUUUUUGCCCGCUCGGUGCAGCCGUAAGUGUAACUGAUAAACUACAACAAAACCCUUGAAUCACAAAAGCUACAUGAUAAUGGUGUAGAGCUGAAACCUGCAACAUACCUUACACAGUGUAUUAUUACUUUAGUCAAAGAAAAAAGUAUUUUGGGAAGUUUUAGCUCCUAUUUGCUGAUGAUUCUUUUUUUUAUUUUUUUUUUAUUGUAUUAGUUUUCAUAUCUCCAUGCAGCCAUUGAUUCGUGCGGAACUGAAAUCAGUUUGAAGACUUUUUCAGAUCUGUAUUACACCACAGUGAAUACUACUAAUGUUUCAAGAGUCAAAUACUGUAUUUUUCUACUGUUUGAAAAUAAAUUGGACACCAAUAAAUGCAUGGAAUACAUGCUUAAAACACA